UCUUUUGGGAGGCCGCGGGCCGCGGAGCGCGCUUCCCAUUGGCUGGCCUGGGUGAAGGCGGUGCUCGCCGCCCCGUCGCGUCUGCGGGCUCCCGGUGGGCUCCCGUGGCGAGAGGCGCGGCGAUGCGGUGGCUGUCGGGGCCCAGCUGGGCCGGGCGAGGCCUGCGGGUGGGGCUGGCGGUGGCGGCCGCGGCGCUGCUGAUCCAGGCGCUGCGCAGCUGGGCGUCCUCCAGCCGGCGCUUCGAGUUCGACCCCGAAGAGAUCGCCCGGCUUGGCAAGCACCACGCGGGCCUGGAUCACGAGCUGGCCUUCUCCAAGAUCAUUGUGGAGUUGCGUAAGAAGCAUCCAGGGCACAUAUUGCCAGAUGAGGACCUGCAGUGGGUGUUCGUCAACGCUGGGGGCUGGAUGGGUUCCAUGUGCCUCUUGCAUGCCUCCCUCUCAGAGUACGUGCUGCUCUUUGGCACAGCUGUUGAUACUGUGGGUCAUUCAGGUCGCUACUGGGCCGACAUUCACGACACCAUCAUCUCUGGCACUUUCCGGAGGUGGAAGGAAGGAACGACUAAAAGCGAGAUCUUCUACCCAGGAGACACCAUCGUCCACCACUCUGGGGAAGCCACGGCCGUGCAGUGGAGCGCCGGCACGUGGAUGCUGGAGUACGGCCGGGGCUUCAUCCCCUCCACGCUCGGCUUCGCCCUCGCCGACACCAUCUUCAGCACUCAGGAUUUCCUGACGCUCUUCUACACCAUGCGGGUCUAUGUCAAGGGGAUGCUUCUGGAGGCCAGUGCCUACUUCAGCGACGCAGCGCAUUAAGUUCUUCCCUCCCUGACCCUUUGGCAUGGAAAGGGCUCCUCGCUCCCUGACUCCCAUUGGCUGUGUUCUGUCUCAGGGGGCCUGGUGCGAUUCCCACACUCUCUCCUACAGAAGGCCGGGAGGCCCACAAACUGAAGGGGGCAGCGAUAUAUAUUCCCAGAAUGCUAUUUCAGUAUCUGAA